AGAAGCUGCGCAACAGAAGAAGAACGAAAAAAGCAAGAUGUCACGAGAACAGUUUGAUAUCAAGAUCUUUAAACACAAAGGUCUGUUUCUCCAAGCCACACUUGAAAAGCAAGUUUUGUGUGACGCAGAAUUCAUUAAAGAGGAGAGUGAAGACAUGAGUGUUACAGACACCAGCACAAUGAGAAAUGAAGACGCUGCGGAACAAAGAGACCUAAUGAAACUGGAAGAAACAACGGUAUCAGUAUGUCCUCAUUGUGGAAAGAGAUUGGGAAGUAAAGAGCAGCUUGUGAAGCACAUAAGAAUCCACACUGAAGAAAAGCCCUUCACCUGCCCUCAGUGUGGAAAGAGUUUCUCUAGAAAAAUUCAUCUCAAGACCCACAUGAGAAUUCACACUGGAGAAAAGCCGUUCACCUGUCCUCAGUGUGGAAAGAGUUUCAGACAAAGAAGUGUUCUCAAGACCCACAUGAGAAUUCACACUGGAGAACGGCCGUAUGCAUGUGUUCAGUGUGGAAAGAGUUUCACAAGAAAAAUGAAUCUAGAAGACCACAUGAGAAUUCACACCGGAGAAAAGCCGUAUGAAUGUUUUGAUUGUGAAAAGAGUUUCUCAAGAAAAAGUCAUCUAGAGAUCCACAUGAACAUUCACACUGGAGAAAAGCCGUAUACAUGUGUUCACUGUGGAAAGAGUUUCACUCAAAAAAGUAAUCUAGUGGUCCACAUGAGAACUCAUACUGGAGAAAAGCCGUAUGCAUGUGUUCAGUGUGGAAAGAGUUUCACUAAAAAAAGUAAUCUAGUGUACCACAUGAGAAUUCACACUGGAGAAAAGCCAUAUGCAUGUUUUCAGUGUGGAAAGAGUUUCUCAAGAAAAAGUCAUCUAGAGAUCCACAUGAACAUUCACACUGGAGAAAAGUCAUUCAUAUGUGUUCAGUGUGGAAAGAGUUUCACUCAAAAAAGUCAUCUAGAGAACCACAUGAGAAUUCACACUGGAGAAAAGCUGUAUGCAUGUGUUCAGUGUGAAAAGAGUUUCACAAGAAAAAGUCAUCUAGAGGAACACAUGAGAAUUCACACUGGAGAACGUCCAUACGCAUGUGUUCAGUGUGGAAAGAGUUUCACACAAAAAAGUAAGCUAGAGGUCCACAUGAGAAUUCACACUGGAGAACGUCCAUACGCAUGUGUUCAGUGUGGAAAGAGUUUCACUCAACAAAGCAUUCUUAAUAAACACUUGAGAAUUCACACUGGAAACGGCCCAUUCAACUGUCCUCAGUGUGGAAAGUAUUUCAGAGAAAAAAAUUAUCUCCGGGAACACAUAAGAAUUCACACUGGAGAACGGCCAUUCACAUGUGUUCAGUGUGGAAAGAGUUUCACACACAAAAGUGUUCUUAAGAAACACAUGACAAUUCACGCUGAAGAGCGCUCAUAACCAUGUUUUAUGAGUGUAAAGUGUUUUACAGUGGCUCCGUUCACACUGUCAGUGUUUAGGAUUGUAUUUAUAGGAUUAAAUUACAGGCGUGACUCUGGAAAUGUAAAUAAAAAUAUAACUUC